ACCAUUAGUUUUAUUAAAAUCUCGUAAGAAACCAAAAAAAUAUUACCAAAUUUUUACCAUAUUCUUGUCGUGGAUAUCUUUAGCCGGAUGGAACGAGAACCGGUCACCAUGGAUCUGUAUCAGUUGCGUGACAAAUUCGACCAACUUUGCCGGUUCUGCUUGUCGGACGAGAACUGCGUGGCGAUUUUCACCGAGGAACUGCAACUGAACGACCGGCUUGCAAGCCUGGUGGACGUUCUGUUGACCAAAGUCGACGAAGGCGAUGGUUUACCGAACAGAAUAUGUGCGAAGUGUGUCCACUGUAUGGAGCAGUUCGUCCAGUUCGAAGCGGCAUGCGAGAGGUCUUACGAGAUAUUGGGCAAGGUGCUGGAACUGCCGGAUGAGGACCGUGUUGCAAGUCCAGUAGCUAAAACUGAAUGCCCCCAAAUCGAAGAAACUGUACCUGAGGCGAUAGAAGAAUACCUUAUUGACAAACCAUCGCACGAUACAGAAGAUGACAGUAACAUGGAAGAAGGGUUGGUUGAACGAUUGGAAGAUGAGCAAAUAUCCGGAAUUGAAGAUAUGGUAACUGAUCUACACGAGGAAGAUGUGCGAUAUACUUCGGAAGAGGAUAGAGGUAGCCACUCGGCGAACGCUUCCUAUCGAAUAACGGCCGAGCAACAGCAAAUGCUGGAUGAUGCCAUGCAGGUCCAGUCGUCCGGAUUCAUUAAGCUUGGAAACCGAUCUAUUCCGCUGGUCCAGUGUAUCUAUUGUAAGAACACUUAUCGCGGUCGAAAUACCCUGAAGAAGCACUUACGAAUUCACCUGAAUAUUAAAGAUAAUCAGUGUGCUUAUUGUCCGAGAACCUUUACCGAUAGGAGCACGCUCCGGAUCCACGAGGGUCGCCAUACGGGAAAGACAUUCAAGUGUCCUCAUUGUGAUAAGCCGUACUACAGCCAGAACGAACUGCGCCAACACAUAACGAUGCAGCAUUUGGAGAGGCAGUACACCUGUGAAACAUGUCAGAAGAAGUUUCCUACCAAAACCAUUCUCAACGAUCACUAUCGUGUUCAUACGCAGGAGCGACCGUUCGUCUGCACACUGUGUGGAGCAGACUUCAAGCGAAAUCGCAACCUCGUUCGCCAUCAGAACCUACAUGAAAAGUACGAAAAAAAGGCAACACCUCAGUUGAGCUGUAUGGUUUGUACUGACCAGUUCGAACUCCCCUAUGCAUUGCUGGAGCACCUCAAAACCAAGCAUGCAGACGAGUUCGAUUCGCUCCGAACCGGUUCAUUUGAAUGUUCGCAAUGCGACGCAAGUACAUUUGAGAACAUCGAAGACUGCCUGAAACAUCGCCAGAUUCAUUAUGACUAUGAAUUGUCAGAGACGGCUAAGAAACACGCGCCCCGGCGGAAACAGCCCCCUUCUUUUCACUGUGGUGAAUGCGGGAAAAUAUUCAAGUCGAGGAUGGCCGCCACGAAGCACAUGGGCACCCAUGAGGGUAGUCGAUAUUUUCUGUGCGAUGCGCCAGAUUGUGGAAUUCUUUAUAAGGAUUCCGCAGUUAUGGAAGUGCACCGGAAAGAAUCACACACCAAGGAAGAGGAUACCCUAAACUGUAAGUAAUAAAAUAAUUCGUUUUGAUAUAGAUAUAAAUCUGACAGAAAUUAUUGUGAUGACAGCCUAUUUUUUAAACUUCACUAUCGUCUUGUUUCGUGGAUUAGCUUUUUUGUAUCGUUUACACU